AUGGGUAUUUGGGAUACUAUCACGGAGCUCGUCGACGCGGCUAUGCCGUGGAGCGAGGCUGAGGCCGAGGCCCCUGCUGAGCCCCAGACUCAGGACGAGGCCGUCGAGGAUACCAAGGUAGAAGACGAAGAGGAGGAAGAGGAAGAAGAAGAGGAGGAGGAGGAGGAGGAGCCCGUCGACCCUAAGGAAGAGCUUGAGAACGAGUGCAAGGAGUCUGCUGCUUGCGCGCCCGCUAAGCACCACUUCGAUGAGUGUGUCGAGCGAGUCACUGCCGCCAUCGAUGCUGAUGGCAAGGCCAACGAGGACUGCGUUGAGGAGUUCUUCCACCUCGCCCACUGCGCCAGCGAAUGUGCCGCCCCCAAGCUCUGGGCGAAGCUCAAGUAA